AGGAGAUGUCGACAAGAUGACAGCGGCCGUAUGACGCUCGUUUCGUUAAUUCUUGGCUACAGGUUUAGCGUAUACCAAGAAGGAAAAUCGUUCGCGGACGGAACGAACGAUUUAUGCCUCGUUACGGUGGCACGUCCGUCUCAGUGGAUUCUCUGUCUCGAAACGAGAUUGUAAUCAGGCGAAUUCGGGUGAGAGCCGCGACCGCCGCGCCCGUGCAAUGUACACAGCGGCCUGAAUUGUGCUUGAAAUCAUCACCGUCCCCGGGGAGUCCUUCCUUUAAACGGCCUGGAGUGGAGUAAUGAGCGUUUUCGGGGAUUUCCAGCGUGUCUGGGUACAAAGAUUCCCGGACAGCGCCUUGCCGGCGGCCUGGGAAGAGGACGUCAGGGCCAACCUAGUCAAGCAUAAACAGAAGGUAACUGCUUUGAGAGAAGAACUUGAAAAAGAAGAAUUUUAUGUGGAAUAUUUAGAAAAGUUGUUAGCUGAUGUGGAACGCCAUAAGCAACUGGCAAAUAGUAAUGCUGCAACCACUCCUGACAAACAGCUACCCAUAGAAUCUCAAAAUCAACACACUUGUCAAACAACAGAAAAUAAUUUGCCUGAUUCUACAAGCUCAUCUAAUGUUCAGCAUGUGGAAUCAUUGGCUCCACCUCUUCCUGCACGUGAAGAUAUAAGUAAAUUUCAAGACAAGUGUGUUUCUGAGUUGAGCUCUACUCUUAGUACAAGCAAAAGACCCAAAAGUGAGAUACCAAGGAGUCCUGAUAAAGUGCCUGAACUUAGAAGAAACAGUGACCCAGAUGUGCCAAGUAAUUAUGUCACUGUAAUUGAAGUAACUGGAAGUUCAAAAAAAGAUAAAAAUGAAGAAUCUCUUAAAGAGGAAGAUGAGAAAGAUUUGGAAAAUGCAGUUAAUGAAGAUGGAGAAGAUGGUGAUGCAGAGGCAUCAGAAGAAGAACCUUACUAUGAUUCUGUAGCUUUAGAUCAAACAGGAGAAUAUGUAUAUAUUGAUGCUCGUGUUCCACCUGUUGGAAACAAUAAUGGCAGUAGGGCACCACCAAGGAGACCACCCUCUCUGCCAGAUUCCCCAGGGAAUCAAAGUAACUAUGUCAACAUUGAUUAUUUCAUUCAACAUCGAGCAGCAAUGGAUAGUGAAGAUGAAGAGGGUGCAAGCCCUGCACCGACGAUUUUAUUGCGCGCUCUUAGUACCGAUAAUGAAACAGGCAGUAGUGACGCGGAACCUUUGAGCCUAAGCGAAGGUAGCUUAGAAUCACCAACUCCAACUACACCUCGCCGGCAAGAGAAAAGCAAAGACCGUGACGAUGACAGAACAUCUAUGAUUAAAUGCAUCGUAAAUUCGGUUGUAGAAAGUGAAACUAUAUAUGUCGAAUGUCUAAACGUAAUGCUGCAAUAUAUGAAAGCCAUCAGGGCGACGUUAACAACAUCUCAACCUGUUAUUUCUGAAGAUGAAUUUGGCACAAUGUUUUACAAAAUUCCUGAAUUACACGCGUUGCAUCAAACAUUUUUGGAUGGUCUUAGAAAGAAACUAGAAAAGUGGGACAAUAAAACUGCAAUAGGUGAACAAUUUAAAGUAAUGGCCAGCAACAUAAGAUUAUACGGAGCUUUUCUACAUAACUAUGCCCGUGCUACUGAUACCGUGCGAAGAUGUUCCGCACAUUCUACUCAAUUCGGUGAAAUUACAAGAGAUAUAAGACUCAGAGGAUUUCCCAAAGGACCAGGUUUAUCUCUUGAAGAUCUUUUACAUAAACCAGUAGCUCGAGUACAAAAAAAUGCACUAGUAUUGCAUGAUCUUCUUAAGCAUACACCAGUGAAUCAUGCAGAUCAUGCACCGCUUUCAGAAGCUCUUGCUAUGACUAGAAAUUUUCUAGACGAAUUCAACAUCAUUCAGACGAAAUCAAUGUUUCCGAGUCAUGAUAGAGCACAACGAAGAUUAGUGAAAAACUCGUUUGUGGUUGAAUUAUCCGAUGGUCAUAGGAAGUUGAGACAUCUUUUUCUUUUUAACGACGUUAUUGCCUGUGCAAAGUAUAAAGCUUCUGGUAGAGACAAAUUUACAUUUGAAUUAAAGUGGUAUGUACCAGUGGCAGAGGCAGUAGUGACAGAAGAUGGUGUUGAACCACGUGAGACUAGUCCAGCUAACGUUGUAGCUUUGAGGUCACAAGCAUGUACAGUACGUGACCAGAUUUUAUGGGAAGAACGGAACGAUGAAAAACGAAUUAAACUUGGUGGUAGAGGUUCAGAAAAAAAUAGGAAGAAACUUGCUGAGCUUGAAGCUCAAUUAGUAUUAGCAUCUCCAAAUUUAGUAUUACGCGUUGCACAUAAAAGUCAGCAUCGAGUACAAAAUUCGUACACAUUCUUUCUAUCCAGUGAAUUUGAACGUUCUCAAUGGGUUGAAGCGGUGGAGGCAUUGCAACAGGUAAUGCGUUCCCAUAUGUACCUAGAUAAGUCAAAGGGUGGACAACCUCCUGGGCCAUUACCUUUAUCAAUGUACGAACUGCAGGCUUGGGUUACAGCCUGUCGCACUUAUCUUCAAACAGAUAUGGGCAGCUAUUUACUAAGAUCAGGACGCGAUGAAAGUUUAUUACUGGGCGAUCUCCAUUUGACUUUACUUGGUUUGACACCGCCAGGUUUAGAUAGAGUGGGAGAUCUAUACAUUAUCGUUGAAGUUGAUAGUUACGGACAUUAUUUCAAACGUGCAAGAAGUCGAGUCGCAAGAGGUCAAGCUCCAACUUGGGGUGAAACAUUUGUUGUCGAAUUGGAAGGAAGUCAAAAUGUUAGAAUUUUAUUGUACGAAGAAUGUGGAACGCGUUCUGUAUUGCGAGGUAAAUGCAUACAAAGAUUAAGCAGAUCUUGGCUUCAAUCAGAUCAAGUAGAGAGAUCAUUAAAUUUAGACUCAGCCACCUUAGACGUGGCUCUUCGUUUCGUUCCAAGUGAGGUGACAUUAAGACGAGUACCGUCUGCGAAACCUCAAGGUCUAUUUGGAGCUAAAAUUCAACAAGUGUGCAAACGCGAGAAACGUGAUGUUCCUUUUAUCAUAACAGCAUGCGUUAGGGAGGUGGAAAGGAGAGGAGUUGGAGAAGUGGGGUUAUAUCGCGUUUCUGGCUCAGCUUCAGAUUUAACAAAAUUGCGAAAAUCGUUUGAAAGCAACUCGUACGAAGCAGAACAAUUGCUUAAAGAGGUUGACGUUCACUCCGUAACAGGUGUACUCAAGUUGUAUCUUCGAGAGAUGCCAGAAGCUCUCUUUACGGAUGCUCUUUACCCUUCAUUCUUAGAAGCUUUCCACACGGGCGACUUGUCAAAAGGUGCUGCUCUAAGAAGAGUGUACGAAAGCCUGCCAGCCGUGAACAAAGCGGUCAUCGACUUUCUGCUGGCUCAUUUGAUACGAGUUAACAAACACGAGGCUCAAAAUAAAAUGUCCUUGCACAACUUAGCAACGGUGUUUGGACCAACACUUCUACGUCCUGGCACAAAUUCGCGAUCUGACGCGAAGAGUCGAGACCCGUUGGCCGCGGGUACUGUGGACGUGAUGGCGCAGGCCGGUAUUCUUUACUGUUUCUUGCAAAUGCAUAUGCAACAGAACAAUCAGUCACUCUAGU